GACAGAUUGGCUUCCUUUGAUCUGCCUGUCACAAGGGGGUUCAGUACUGAGGUGGUCGGUCAAACCAUUCGAGUUGUUGUCCCUCGAAUGCCACAGGAUCUUGUUGGAUCGUAUGUUUCAGACGACUGCCAUGGUUGGUCCCUUGUUUGAGCACUUGGGCCAAAGCAACAUCAAUGGAGUCUCUCGACACCUUUCAGCUACGCUCUGCCCUAGCUUUUCACUUAGGGGUGAGAUUUAACAUUCGUUCUUGCUCCCUAGAUUGAAGUCUGGCCGGCACGUCACCAGCCAAACUCAUAUCCAUUCUUAGCCCAUUGUUGACGUUCAAGUCGUAGAGAUGGACACCAUGCUGAAACUCAUAUGGUGUGCCUUGCUAUUCUUUUCUGGUCAGACUGUUGUCUCAGCUGAGCGGACAAGAAUCCGCUCAAUCGACAUCAGUCAUAGGAGAGCUCAUAGUCUCGACAAGCGUGGACAAGUGACGGUGUGGAAUGCAGGCGGUCCAACCAUCCAAGAUGUGACCAGUUCAUCUGUCUCUGACCCGGCCAUCAAAGCCAUCCUGAUCGCCAUGGUAUCUUGUAAUCCUAAUUGGAUCGUCGACCUCCUGGGACAACAAGCCAACGGCAACGGCAGUUCUGCGCCUGCUGCCUAUACUGCAGAUGAAAUCUCAUAUUCAAUCUUUGACGACACCUUCUACAGGCGCCAAUUCAAAACGAGUCCAACGGGCCAAGGUGCACAAUGGCCUGCAGGGUACGCAAACGUUGUCCGUGACGCUCAAGCCCAACUAGCCAACACUUCCAAUUCCGUGUUUCCACACGAUGUCGGUAUGAAAAUCCGCAUGAUCACUGGGUAUCCUCCUCGAUGGUUUAUGCCAACCCUGAUAUCGGCAACGACAGACUCGUUGUGGCACAUGGUUCAGCGUUCUUCGGAAACGCCGAUGCUUGCUCAAAAGUCCGAUCGGAACCCAGGAAGCAUUUACGCCAUUACGAGACCAGUUCAGAGCAGCAUGACGUGAGUAUCGGGAAAAGGAGCUGACCCAAAUUGCGCAAUCAAUUCACGAUGCUGACCGCGGGUGCGGAUCCCC